UUGUCACUUUAACGCGACACUGGGUUUUUAUAUCAUUUUUACUUAGGUAGGAGUGCGUUGGUGGCCAUUUUUAAACGAUUUAGCUAGAAAACGUGCUCGAUCGGGGUUUGUUUUCGCUUCUUCUGGCUGCAAAGUAACAUUUAAGUGCCACAUAUCGCGAUGUCUUCGAUUAACUGUUGAUUUACUAUAAAAUAAAAUGCUGCAGUAACCGGUUGCUUGGCUUGCCACUUAAUAGUAGUUAGGAGGACUCAAAGUCCAGGACCAGCAACCGGUACAAAAUGCCUCCGAAGAGGCUGCACCUGAAGCCGACAGCUGCCAACGUCUCCAGCUCCUUGGACCUGGAGUCUGAGGACAUCAGCCUGGAGACCACCGUGCCCACCACCGAGGAUGUGUCCUCAUCCGACGAGCAGCGGGACGGCUCCCAGAAGGUGACCCGUCAGCUGAUCGAGAGGAAGGAGCUGCUGCACAACCUCCAGCUGCUGAAAAUCGAGCUUUCUCAGAAGAAUCUCAUCAUAGACAACAUGAAGGCCGACCAUAUGUCCAAGAUUGAGGAGCUGGAGGAGAGGCUGAAUGACACCCUACACCAGAAACAAGUGCUGUCCCUGAGGCUGGACAGCCAGCUGAAACUUGCUCAGGAGGAGAACAGGAAGCAGCAGGCUCUCCGUAAGCAAGAGAUGGAGGCCAUCCUGCUCAGGCAGCAGCAGCUGGAGGAGACUAACCGCCAGCUGUGUGAGAAGGCCGGAGAGCUGCGGAGGUCUCUCAGGGAUCUGGACAUCUCCCAGGACAGGUACCAGGAGCUCCGCGACCUCCCUGAGGACAAAAUCUCCAUACAGGAAUACGUAGCUAUGCGUUUCUAUGAGGCGGUGACUCCUCUGCGGGCUCAGCUGACUGAUCUCAGCGUGAAAAAUGGUAAUGCGACCGAGGAGCUGGAUUUACACAGGGCCAAGACGAAGGCUUUGAUGGAGAGUUACGAGGAGGAGCGGCGGUUACGUACAGAUCUGGAGUUGAGGUGCCAGAGACUGACUUUAGAGCUGGCUGAUACCAAACAGCAGAUCCAAGAGGGAGACUAUCGCAGAGAGAACUACCCAAACAUUAAACGAGAGCGUGACAACUUCGAAGCAGAGCUGAAGGAGUUAAAGAGGAGAUAUGAGACUGUUGACUUGAGCCACGCUGCAGUGACCAGAGAACGAAACACACUCAGCAAAGAGGUGGCGACAUUGCAGCAAUCAGCUACUCUCCUGCAGAAGGACAAGGAGUACCUACACCGGCAGAACAUGGAGCUCAGUAUCCGCUGUGCACACGAAGAAGACCGCCUUGAGAGGCUGCAGGUACAAUUAGAAGACACUAAGAAAGCCAGAGAGGACGCCUACGAAAGAUAUGUAGCAUCCAGAGACCACUACAAGUCAGAGUACGAGGCCAAGCUGAGAGAGGAGUUGGAGAACAUCAGGUUGAAAACCAGCCAGGAGAUAGACAACCUGCAGAGAACCUCCAGGGAGAUGUACGAGAGGGAGAACAGGAAUCUACGCGAGGCCAGAGACAACGCGGUGCUGGAGAAGGACAGAGCAGUAGCUGCCGAGAGAGACUCUCAGUCCAGAUAUGACCAACUGCUGGAACAGUUUCGUCAGCUCCAGCUGGGUACCGACAGCCGGGUAGCAGAACUGUCCAACCAGGCCAAACUGCACUCCUUCGAAGCUGAGCGCGCCCAUAUGGUCAAGGAUGAGACAGCGAAGACACUGGCCCAAUGUCAAGUGGAGUGUGAGAAACAGCAGAAGAAACUGGAGCUCCUCACUCAGGAGUUUUACAGGCUACAAACGUCAUCGGAGAAGCGGGUGACGGAGCUGCAAGCUCAGAAUGCCGAGCAGGCAUCUCGACUGGAGACGUACGAAAAGCUCGAGCAAGAGUUGGACCAGAUCACCAUGCAGGCUGCUGAAAUUGAAAAUGAAGAGGAGGCAGAGAGAGUUCUGUUCUCGUACGGCUACGGAGCCAAUGUUCCCACAACGGCCAAGAGGAGACUAAAGCAGAGCGUUCACCUGGCCCGCAGGGUGCUGCAGCUCGAGAGGCAGAAUACGUCACUGAGGAGAGAGCUGGAUACACACAAGUCACAGAGAGGACAGAUAUCCGAGGAGCUGUUGGCAGCCAACCAACUGUUACAGCAGACGCAGCAGCCUUAUAGCUAUCUGAUCGAGACGGUGAGACAAAGGGAUUCCCAAAUCAGCAUGCUGAAGGAGCGAGUCACCUCACUUGAGGACGAUGUCAGUUCUCUGAGGAAAGAGCGAAGUGCUCUGGAGCAAGUGAAAAACAACAUGGCUGCUGAUCUGGAGCGACUCCUCAACCAUCGAGAGGAGUUAGCGGUGAUGAAACAGGUCCUGAUCAGCAUGCGAUCCGGACAGGGAGACGCUCUGAACCUGCUGGAAACAGAUAAAACCGGUAUCAGGAGCGCCGGUUCAGGAAAACAGCAGUCCAAACGUAUCAGCAGGAUCGCAGAAGAAGAAUCGCCCAACAAACCUAAACCCACCGUGUUUACCAAUAAAGAAGUUCCAGAUUGGUACCAAAAGUCGAGGCAGAAACCCAAAUGAACGUUUGUGUAACUGCCGGUGCUCACUCAGGACUUUAAUAUUGUCGUUUUUUUAUCAAGGCUUUUGUACUUUAAACUUGUAAAUGACAUCUCUUUUUAGAUGUUACCUUUUCAAAUAUAAAAGCACAAACAGAA